UCAGCAUUUGGAAGUAUCUCAUUCUUUAAUCUUUACUCUUCACAUUCUUCGGGUUAAUUCCUUUUUCUUUUCUCAUACACCUUUCUGGACUGUCUCCUUGGUAAUUAUUAUCAUCAACAUGAUAUUCCUUCCGCUGACAAGAUCGGAGCCAUAGUUUCGACUUCAUUAUUUGUUGAUAAUCCUGGAAAGCUUUCUGUUGGCGGUCAAAUAUUAAUCACUGUGAUUAUCACUAUUGAAACCAUUCAUUGAUUAAAGAGUGACAGGUCCUGUGAAGAUUGUACUCCAAAAUCUGCCUUGAUAAGUGUGGUUGGUUUUCUAUAUGUCCAAAGGUGAAGAUAAAAUGAGUGACACAGUGAACGACCCAAAUUCCCAGGGGAAACGUACGAAUCCAGAAAACUGUAGAACCAAUCACAGUAGAGAUCCCAAUCCUGGAGAUGACCUUUGGACUGAUGGUCUUAUUUGUGCAUUUGAAUUUGUUCGAGGUCGGCGAAGAUCAAUUAAGUCAAAGCACUCAUCAAGGACCUCAGAUAGAUUACAAAUGGAAGGUGAAUAUUCAAAAAUGCUUGAUCCUUUAAAUGAUCUGAUAGAUUCCUCUUCCCCGAGGUUAUAUGGAAACAAGUUAUCAGAUUUGUCAUCUGCAAAUGACUUGAGGGGCAGUAGGUUACAUGCCAUAGAUGAUGAAAAGGACCGCAAGGUCCUUCAGUUUAGUCAAUCCGAUGUCACAGAAAAAUAUGAUGGUAGUCAUUGGGUGCCAAUUGGAUGGGCAAGGAUUUCCGAACUCGUCCAGAAAGUUCAGGUUGAUACAGUCUGGUCCUCUCAACACUUUGAGUUUGUUGAUGAGGAAGAUGAUCGCACUGUGGCUGAUCUGGCAGCUCCCUAUUGGGAGCGUCCUGCUGGGCCUAUAUGGUGGUGCCAUGUUUCUGCAGGUCACCCAAACAUUGAAGCUUGGCUCAGCAAUGCUCAAUGGUUACAUCCUGCCAUUAGUUUGGCUUUGAGAGAUGAAAGUCGGCUGAUAAGUGAUCGGAUGAAACAUCUCUUGUAUGAGGUCCCUGUCAGAGUUGCUGGGGGGCUGUUAUUUGAGCUCUUGGGACAAUCGGUUGGUGACCCUCUUGUUGAUGAAGAUGACAUCCCCAUUGUACUUAGGUCUUGGCAAGCUCAAAACUUCCUAGUAACCGUAAUGCAUGUAAAAGGAUCAGUUCCGAGUGUAAAUGUUCUGGGAAUCACAGAAGUUCAGGAGCUUCUUUCUGCAGGAGGGUACAACGUGCCCAGAACAGUCCAUGAAGUUAUAGCACAGCUUGCAUGCCGCCUUUCUCGAUGGGAUGAUAGGCUAUUCCGUAAAUCUAUAUUUGGUGCAGCAGAUGAGAUUGAAUUGAAGUUCGUGAACAGGAGAAACCAUGAAGACCUGAAUCUCUUUAGUGUAAUUCUUAAUCAAGAAAUCAGAAGGUUAUCAAGACAGGUAUGUUGACUUUUGCUGGUUUAG